GGGAGGAGUUUCACAAACAAGAACUAGACAGCCUUUAGGUUUCGUUUCUUGGGUGGAGUCGCAGCAAAAGUAGUUUUACGCCCGCUGGAGUUUGACAAAGCUGGAGGAGCGGCACUGAUCUGCAUCUUUAACCUUCUCGCUACAGCUUUCAGUGUCCGUUCGUCGUCAUGAAUGAAUUUGUUCGUGAUAAAUUAACUGAGUGGGGUCUCCAAGUCUGGAUAGAAAAAUUUGAAGACGAAGGUGUUGAUGAGGAAAGUUUUUACAAUCUGGAAGAUCAAGAAAUUGCCGAAUUGAUCCCAAAAGUGGGACCACGGACAAAAUUCAAGAAGAGACUGAAGUUGUUAAAGGUUCACAAGGAACAAAACACAGCAAAUCCAGAUACAGCUGAUGCGUCUGCUCAAGUCAUUCCAUCCACCAGUAGAACAAGUAAUGAAGGAAAGAGAAGGUCUGAUCUCCAGGGCGAGUCCAAUCAACAGCAACCACCGACUAAGAAACAAAGACCGGGAUCCUACUCAGAAGAAAUUAUACUGGCUGAUGUGAAAGAGAUAAUGGGACGUGUCCUAAAGACAAUACCUCGUAAAGAAAACAACCUGAACGACUUUUUGAGGAGAAAAAUCCACGAUUUGGAGACGGACAAGAGGGAGGUGGUCGGCGUCUUUGGCAAUACCGGAGCUGGAAAGAGCUAUUUGAUUAAUGCCAUCAUUGGAUUGAAGAACUUCUUGCCCUCUGGAGGCAUCAGUGCAUGUACGUCAGUCCUGAUUAAAGUGGAGGCUAACAUGCAGAACUCAAAGUACGAAGCAAUCGUUGAGUUUAUUACAAAAGAGGAGUGGAGAGAUGAGUUGUGGUUCUCAAAAAAUUUUAGUCUGGAAAAUGGGGAAGAUGACACAGAAUAUAAGGACAUUGUUGAAAAGCUGUCAGCGCUGUAUGGAGAAGACUGGAAAGAAAAAUCUCCUGAUGACCUCAUGGAUGGCAAAUAUUUCAAAAAGAUCCCAGAAUUUCUCCAAUCCAACGAAGAACUGAGAAAGAAGAUUUUUACAGCCGAUGAGGCCGAAAAGCUAUUUAAAAGUUUAAUCAGAUACACAAGAACCAACACAGAUGACCCAGAAGAUGAAGGCACAAGGACGUGGUAUUGGCCGCUGGUGAAGUGUGUGACCAUCAAGGUGCCAGAUGCUGAUCUUCUGAAGCAUGUCACACUGGUGGAUCUUCCUGGAAAUGGGGACACUAACAAGAGCAGAGACAAUAUGUGGAAAACGAUCAUUGGAAGUUGUUCCACUAUCUGGAUUGUGACUGACAUCAAUCGAGCUGGAUCAGCCAAAGAAGCCUGGGAAAUCCUGAAAGAUGCCUGCAGCUACAUGGGAAAUGGUGGCCAGUGUAAUGAGAUUCACUUCAUCUGCACAAAGUCUGAUGGUCAUUCAGAUGCAAAAGACACUUCAGCAGCUGGUAUUCGUGAUUUCAUCUUAAAAAGAAACCAACAAGCCAAGGCCAAAGUGAAACAAGAAUUUAACCAACUAAAGGAGGUUAAGAAACACGUCAGUGAGAAAAGUUUCAAAGUCUUCACAGUGAGCUCUGUAGAGUUUCUAAAUCACAAAUAUCUAAAUCAAGAAGAAACUGAAAUACCCAAACUUCAGGAGUUCCUGCAGGAGCUCAAUGACUGUCACAAAGAGACGUUGAACUACGUGUCCGGAGCCCACGGGAUCCUCUCUCUGAUUCAAGGGGCCAGCCGUGGAGGAGGAGCUGAGAAAAAGAAAUCUGUGUGCACAAUCCUUGAAACAAAGAUGAAAGAUGAACUUCAAAAAGUCAGGAAUCAAAUGGUAGAAACAUACGAGGAUUUUAAAAGGUGCCUCAAUGAAGGAGUUGAAAAAUCUGAACAUUCCUGUGAAACGGUCUUAGAGUCGGUGAUAAAUCCUAGAAGGCCAGGAGGUGGUUUCCACAAGACACUGAAGUAUUUAGUCGAGCACAACGGCAUCUACAAGGCUGAAAAGAAUCGAGCAACGAGGAAACCAAAAAACCUCAACAUGAAGUUAUCUUCAUACCUGACUGAGAGCAUCGAUGAGAAAUUCAAGGAGACCUUCCCAAAUGAAGUAAAUUGUGGACCAUUCAACGGAAAAAUCAAUUCGUUUUCACUUGGCACAAAGAGGAUGAAAAUGAAGCCAGAGUACGAAGAUGUCAAACUUCAACUGGAAUUCCUCAAUGCAGAGGAAGAUAAGAUGAAGAAGAAACUCAUCAAAGUCAUCCGUGAACGUAAGAAAAGGAUCUACAGCAGUCUGAUGACAACAGUUGAGGAAUCAAUGCAGAAAUGCUAUGAUGAUGCAAAAGUAAUAAGAGGAGCCAACUCACUGAUUAACAUGAGGGAAACAAUGAGGAAGCAUGUUCAUGAUUCAAAACACAACAUGUUCAAGAAUGCUAAAAAGGUCAUGUUGGACCAGCUGAGAGACUUGAUGAAUGACAUCCUGAAGGACCUGAAAGUGACGAUGCAGGAAUCAAUCGACCUGUCGCUCAAGACAGACGGUGACUCAAUCCCAGAUUUUACAGUGGAGCUUGGUAAGGUGAAGAACCACUAUGAAGAACUGAAGGGAAGCGCAGAAGAAGACCAGUAGUUUGGUAAAAGCUGUUAAAACAUCUACACUAUGACUCUGGAUUGAUGUUCUGAAUAACUCUUAACAGCCAUUAGCCACCAGUCCACUAUGAUUACUGAUUUAAUGAUUUACAUUUUUCUUCUUGACUAUAUAUCUAUAAUACAUACAUUUUCUGUCCAAUUUUUAAUUGUACUUCAUUUUAGGAAUUGAAAUUAGAAUGAUUUUAUGGGUGUGUAGAUAAAUCCUGAACAUUGGUCUCAGCGUGUACUGUGUGUUGAUUUUGGCAACGGUUUUAGGCUUUUCAAAGAUAAAACUUACUGCAAAAUAAUGUUUUCUAAAUGUUUUAAUUCAUGUAUCAAAAAUAGGAUGGAACUAGAUGAUUGUAAUCAACCCGCCUAUCUGGUUUCUAAUUAUUUACUGAAUACUUGUUUUGUCUUACUAUACAUUCUAUGUGCAUCUACAAUAUUUCGCACACCAUACUCUGAAAUAACGUUAAUUGUUAAAGUGUCACAUGGGCGUCACAUGCCCUUUUUAUUCAUGUUUUAAAAUGGUCUUAAAGCUUCUUUUUGUUGUUCGUCACUUUUAUUAUAAAAUCAACAAAUGAUUUUCUCUUGUCAAAUAAUUCAUGUUUAUUGUCAAAGAUUUGGCCCGUGAUCAUAAUACAUAACACAAAUCUACACAACAGUUCCCAAAUACUAAAACUAUAUUUGAAGGGUGUGAUCAAUUGUAACAUAGUAGUUUAUACCUGUUAGUAGACACACAUUAGCCCCGUGCAGGUGGAAUAGAACGUAGAGAUUGUGGCUAAUUUGCCUAUUACCUGAGGAUUAUGAUAUAUGUCACACUUUUACCUAUUGUAUGCCUGAACUCAAUUUCCAUCCAUGUGGCAACUCUCUUUGGUGGAAGGGAAAUUAUUAAACCACCUAUUUCUGUAUCUGUUAAAUAGACAACACAACUGUUUUCUACUUAUUUCUUUGUUUUGCAGAGUGCGUACAGUCUGUUCGACCACUGAACAUUCUUUGCAAAGAAUAAAGCUUUUGCAUUUGG